ACCAGAUGUCCCUAAGUGUCUUGGCUGUUGGUGGUGGGGACUUGGGGAACAGGUGGCCUUGCUGAACGUCGUGGGGGCACCCGUGGUCAAGUGGCUCUUCGCCUGGCGCAGUAAUUUUGAUCACCUCAUGUCAUCUUUCGUUUCCAGGUUGGUUGCUGAUAUUUUUUUUAUGACUGUCACCGGAGGAAUUGGUCCUCCACACGUCGACAGGGCUCCUUGUUUAUUGGUGAUCCAGCGUCCUGUGCUUUUCCUUUGAGAGCUGACCGUCCGGGCCCGCAUGCCGGCUCUACGGUGUCAGAGUGUCCCGACGGUAGUUCUGCUUCUGGUUGGUGUCCGCCCUCUUGAGGGGCACUCGGGGGCGUCUGCGGCUACUCUGCCAUUUCUCUGGCUCCGUCCCGUUGUGUCAGGAGGGGUCCUCGUUCUUGGGUUGUCUGCCGCCCUCCUCUGAGGUGGGGCUGGCGAAGCUUGGAGCGUCCUUCUCUGAUUGUUGUCUGCGCUGGCCUGACUGGCCAUGCCACCGUCCCUCUCCUUAGGGCCUGAUCGAUGUGAUGACGUCGUCGCGCUCUCUCGGGCCUUAACCCGCGUGCCAGGCGAAAGACGGGCCAUUCCUGAUGAAUGGGGACCGCUCUUCUCGUUCUGCUCCGGGACGUCUCGCGUGUUUCCUCGCCCCCGCCCGCGGGCGGUGGGUUGGGAGUCGUAGGUGCAAGGCUCGCUUAGCCCGCCCUUUUCUUCCUGGCGUCAGCAUGGAUCAUUGGUCCUCUUAGCAGCUUGGUAGCCCUCGCCUCGAGUCUUGUGUUUGUUGCCUUGCGGUCUACUCCCCGCGGCGUGGUGAACCCUCCGGCAGCCUGGGGCGUAGUUUUCUGGAUUUGUGUGGUCGUUUGCGGUGCCCCUGGAGCGCCCCCUGGAUUGUAUUCUACGCAGUGCGUGAAAUCGGGCCGUGGUUUUCGUCCUCGUUCCCUGCGUCUCCCUUGCAGAGUCCUGCUGCGGCUUCUUUUGUGUAUACGUAAAUAGCAUGGGUUCUGUCUAGGCAGUUUUCUCUCUGGAAAUCACCCUGUAACUGGAGCCUGUCAGGGUUUAACCCCGUGAGUGGUGGGCUACUCCGCCAAAAGGGGACAACUCAGACGUGGUGUAGCCUGUGCUUUCCAGUCGCGUUUUAUUUUUUGUAGUGGCACCAGUUUCCAUUUCACCGUGCCUGCCCUUUCUUCCACUUUUUUCAGCAGUGAAGGGGAGAUCUCAACUGGGAUAGGUCCCCUAGCUCAGGACAAAAGGCAGGUUGAUCGCCGGUUGCGGUUUUUAUCCUGGUGUGGAUUCCCUUGAGCUUUGCCUGCUCCGUUUCCUCUGGAAAUCACGGUGUAGCCUGUGCCGGGGGCAGGGUUUUUAUAAUCCCUCGUUGGCUUCUCAGCCUGGCGGCACUCCAGACUACGUUGCUUCUGCUUUCCAGUUUUGGGAUUUCUUAGUGGCAUCCGGCAUUCAUUCCUCUUUGCGGGCCCUUUCCCCCACCCCUUCGUCCUCAGUGUAGGUAUAGAGCCCAAACGUUGUCAGCGUUUACAUGUCCCCAGAGAGAGGGAAAAAAAAGGCUGCGUGUGCACGGACUUUUUUUAAGACGUGAGUUCUGUGUACACGGUUUCUCUGGAAAUCACCGUGUGGCUGUCAGCGUUUAGCGUUCGCUGGCUUCUCAGUCGGGAUUCCUGUAGCCUCUCGUUUUCUUAUCAGUGCCCUCUUUAGGCAGACAUAUCGUAUAUUUCUUUAUACCUAUAUCUCGUUUUAAUGUCGGGAUAGUUGCUGUUUCCUGUCCUGCUGCAUUAACGUUGAGGAAGAGCGGGAAUAACGUUUUUUAUUUGUGUAAUUACUUUUCUUUAAAUCCCUUUACAUUGAGCGUUGAUCUCUGGGCUGCCUCCGCCCACUGGCCCUGGAGAUCAUAAAUACCCAAGCUUGAUGCCUAGUGCUUCAAGCUUUGCCUCCUAGAUCUGCCAGCGCAAACUCGUGUCCUGAUCUGAGCAUUUACGUGAUGGAGCCACGUUUUCUGGGCCUUGUGAGUGACGUUUUGCCUUCUCCAGUGGUGGCGCCAGAGCCCCAGCCUGCGCCUAUCCUACAGGCGGAUGAUCGCGCAACGGGGCCUCUCCCUUCGUUCGACGUUGAAGGAGAGCCCCCAUUGGACGGCUGUCAUUCGGGACUGCUUUCCAGUCCUUGUUGGCGGCUGCGCUGGGAGCAGAACCUGUACAAGGACCUUUUCCCCAGAGUGCUGAGCACGUGGGAACUACGUGUAGAGCAGCCCACUAAGUUCUGGGGGUUUGGGAAGUCAGACGCAGCCGGAGGAGAGUUGGACCUCGCAGAGGAAUCUGACAUACUUGUGCUGCAGCAGCUUCCCUUGGCCUGUUCGCCUCGACGUAGUGAGACACAGCGGAGCACCCAGACCUCUGAUGGUGAGACCUGUGAUGGAGAGACCAUGAAGACCUCUGAUGGCCGGCAUCUUUGCAAGUGUGAGUGCUGUCAAUCUUCUGACCCCAAUUCUUGGAGCUGCCUCGAGUGGAUUCGUCGCAUUGGUUAUGUCCUGUUCUUCGUGCCCUGGCGGUGUUGCCUGCGCAUCUGUGGGACUACGCAGCCUUAGAGAGCAGCAGGAGCCAUUUUGGGCCCUCCUCCCCUUUUUAAGAGAUUCACCAUUUCAAUUAGUCUAACCCAAAAAAUAAACAUCCUUGGAAGAAGAUGGGUCUUCAGUGCUCUUUGUCGGUUUCUUAGGGUCUUGCUGACGGUUUUGCCGUUCGUUUUCAGCUUGCUUAUGGACCGGUACUUUCUUGACAUUUUAAACAUUUACAUUCAUUUCAUUGUAUGUUCCUUUUAACGCUUUUAUUUUUGCGUUUUGCCACGUCCAGAAACGUGGUUAAUUUCACCUUCGUCCUGUUCAUCUUUAUUCAAAUUAGCGCUUUCCCUACUUGCUAAAUUUCCGUUUUACGUUAUUGAUGUUUACGUGUACAUAGUGGUUUUUCAUUUCAUUGCAUUGCUUGAAUUUCUUGAUGUUUAUGUGUACAUGGUGUUUUUUCAUUUCAUUGCAUUGCUUGAAUUUGGCGGUGCCUGCGUUUAACUUCCACCCCCUCCUCCUUCUGCGCGGGGGAGGGAGAGCCCA